AUGUCAGGGGCACAGCCGCCGCCUUACCAAGAGUUACAGCCGCCAUCGUGGACGAGUUCUCUCCCAAGGCCUGAACCGAGUCAAGAGAGGUAUGAAGAUUGGCUUGCGUACACCUCGCUGCGACCCUCAUUUCUGCUGGCCCACGGCGUGGCUACGAUCGUUGGCAUCGUAUUAGCGGCGGUCCAAUGGUACAUUGUGGGCUAUGAGAGAGAAGGCCCAGAGGCUCUUGCGAUUGCGUCUGCGACUCUUUUUACUGUAUUUUUUGUGUUUGAGGCAUGCGGAUUCGUUGCAGGAUGCAUGUCCCACACGAAGCUUAUUUGGGGCUUUGCGCGUUUCUCGAUCCUCAGUUAUGUCCUGGUCGUCGUGGCCGAAGUCAUUGCUCUUGUGAAUACAUACGCCAACAAAGACAAGAUCAAGCGGCACUGUGUCGAAGACCAAACGCAGAACUGGAAUUCUUCGUCCAACAUCUAUGAGCAUGAGGCGCCGCCGCAGGAUUACUGCGACAGCCGUUGGGGCACUACGGCUGCCUGGGACGUGGUGUGGCUGAUUUUGCUCGUGAUUUUUGGUGCCUUUUUUUAUGCAUUUACGAUGCGCUUCCAACUCCGAUUACAGCAGGACACGCGCCCACAUCGCGCCCAUGAGCCUGUCGAGCGACAAGAUGGCUAUCCGAUGCAGCGCUUUUCGACCAUGCAUUCGGACGAUAUGGAUGCGCACGACGACGCGUUCGGUGAUAUCAAGUCUGAGAUCGGCUCGUUGGCGUAUAGCGAGCCCGAUACCCUUGCGCGGCCGGCGCAGGCAGCUGGCCAGCCCUUGUCGCCGCGCAUCGUGUAG